AAACCAAAACCACUACCACUGCUAAUACGAUAUCAACCGACCAUUUGGAUUGGCGACGAGUAUUACGUAUUUUUCAUACAGGAAAAGCACAGGGGUGGCACAACUCCACAACAUACAUGAGUCAUAGUUUGACAUUACCUAUAAUAAUUAUCGUUAUUAUAUAACAUCGAACCUAUCACAAAAUCCCACUAAUUUAAAAUCAAGUACAUAAAAUUCGUAUCCGACAAAAUCUGCUUUCUCCAGCCGCCCCUGCACAUUUACAUCGUUUAUGUUCAUAUACUUUCUCCAAUCUCUUCACAGCAGGCAUACAUUCGCAAGUCAGUGGUUUAUGGUUUGGUUUAUCUAUGCACUAAACUAACUAACUUGCUUAAAAAGAAAAGACUGACCCAAGCAAGAAAUAAGUCAAUGACGUGCCGUAUGAUCAAGUAAUGGGGACAGAAGAACCAUACGGAAUCAUCACAAGGCUUGCCGUCUUACACCAGAUUAGGUAGCAAUUGAGUACCGGAUCUGGAAAUUUUCGUUCAAGAUGGGGAGGACACUCCCAAGAAUAUGAAACUGGAAUUUAAACAAUGGACAACAGUUUAAAGACCAAGAAAAUUGCAUCACUGACUAUUGAAGGUCAGAAAGUCCUGCUCUGUGUCGACGUUGGAAACAACUUUCUCAUCAUCCAAUUGAUUCAAUACAUUUGAACAGUUAAAAAGUACUUAGAAUGCAGUGAGUGAUCAUUGAUGGAUUAAUUUUUAAUGGUCUUCCAUUCUUCAGCAAUUAAAACUUCCUCAUAGUGAAAUUCUGAAAUGUGAUAAUUUCAGUAAAUUGUGAUUCGAAAAAUAACAUGUAACUACGCUCAGUUCACACACAUCGUCGUGCUUGUCGACACAAAGAUUUAUUAUUAUUACUUUACUUCUAUUCUAAUUCUAUCCGCUCUUGUUCUGGUGUGAAGCAGUGCUUUGAUGAAAAAGUCCAAAAUCAACAGAACGAAAUUAGAUUUUGCCUACAUCCAGCAAAGCAGAUCUCAUUUUGUGACUUGGACAGUGUUAUGAUAAUAAUAUUGUGAAUGAACGGGAUAUUACUACAAGUGCCAACUGUUCAAUUUAUCGACUCAAAUUAAUGUCACAGGAUAAUACAUCAAAUCAAGCAACAAACACAACAAGGGUGCAAAAAUAGAUAAUCGUUUCGUUCGAUACGAAUAAUAAAUCCAACAACCUGCAAGUCUACUGCUCACUUGUGGUCGUCGAUUACCAUUCAGUCUCAUCAUGUCGUUCAAUGAGAAAGUUGAUCCGGAGCUGAUAUUCACGAAACAAGAGAGAAUUGGAAGGGGUUCAUUUGGUGAAGUAUUUAAAGGAAUCGAUAAAAGAACACAAGAAGUGGUUGCUAUUAAGAUAAUUGAUUUGGAGGAAGCAGAAGAUGAGAUAGAAGAUAUCCAACAGGAGAUUAUGGUGCUCAGCCAAUGCGACUCUCCUUUCGUGACAAAAUAUUUUGGGUCAUACUUGAAAGGAACUAAGCUAUGGAUUAUUAUGGAAUUCUUGGGAGGUGGAUCUGCGCUAGACUUGAUGAAAGCAGAGAAAUCUUUCGAAGAGAUCCACAUUUCUAUCAUCCUUCGCGAAGUUCUGAAAGGAUUAGACUAUCUUCACUCGGAGAGAAAAUUGCAUCGGGACAUUAAAGCGGCAAACGUUUUGCUGAGCGAACAUGGGGACGUCAAAUUAGCUGAUUUCGGUGUUGCGGGACAGUUGACGGCUACGACAUCGAAAAGGAAUACAUUCGUUGGAACACCGUUCUGGAUGGCUCCAGAAGUUAUAAAGCAGAGUGCGUAUGAUGCCAAAGCGGAUAUUUGGUCCUUGGGAAUAACUGCCAUUGAACUUGCCGAAGGAGAACCACCAAAUUCCACAAUGCAUCCUAUGAAAGUUUUAUUUCUAAUCCCUAAAAAUCCACCUCCAACAUUAUCCUCGUCGAGAUAUUCAAAAUUAUUCAAAGAAUUUGUCGAUGCCUGUUUAAAUAAGAAUCCAGAAAACAGACCUACAGCGAAAGAACUAUUAAAAUUUCCAUUCAUCAGAAGAGCAAAGAAAAACUCCUACUUAAUUGAUUUAAUAGACAGAUACAGAAAGUGGAGGCUUGAACGAAGUGAUGAGUCUGAAACUGAGUCUGAUUCUGACAAUGAUGACACCUUACGUCGAGGAGACAAUGAUGUAGACGACCCUUGGAUAAUGACAGUAAAAGGACCUUCAGCCUCAUCGUCAUCAUCUAUGGAUUCUUUGUCUUCUUCAACGUCUUCUACUAGUUCUUUUAUUGCUGGAGGAAUUGGUUCCAAUAAUGUUUCACAGCCAAAUUCGCUUGCUGAUGAUGAUGACGAGGAGGAGGAUGAGGACGAUGACCAAUCAGAUAAAAUGCCUCACAGGCUUCCUGAUGACGAACCUGAUAGCCGACGAAACAACCACCAUGUUGAAGAAAACAUUACACAUUCCCCAAAACAUCGUGUGAUAGUAUCAUCAGCUUCCUCUUCUGAUGACUAUUCAAGUCAAAAUGCAUUUGCGAAAUUUCAUAAACUAGAUCAACAAAUGCAACAACAAAAUUACCAAAGAAAUCGCUCCAUUUCUCCGCCGGCACCGGCACCGGUGUUUAAGAAUCAAAUUCAUGUACAAAACUCUCCUGCGGUUGUUUCAGGACCGACUCAGUCCAACAAUCACCAUCAUCAUCGAGAUCGAGAUAUUAGUCUUGUAGGAGAAAAUAACAAUUUUGGUCAUUCGAAAGUGAGAGAGUCUCCUGAAAAGAACAAGGUUUCUGGUCAACGUGAUCGUGAUCGAGAUGGAAGUGGUGGCAGGGCCACUUCGUCAUCCCAUCAUUCAUCUUCUUCCCAUUCUCACAAUCAGAAAAGCAGCACGAACCAUGUCAAUGUUUCUGCCACUAACGGAGUUUCCACAUCUGUACUGUCGCCCCUUUUACUUGACUUAAAGAAAAAGUCUGGUACUAAUGGAACGGCAAAAGCAGAGGCUUUAGAAGACCUUCGACGUGCUUUUGAAUCUGCAGAAUUGUCGUCACCUGGAUUCUCGGAAGUCUUCCUUCGAGAGACACUAUCCAGGCUGGUCCCUUCAAUUUCCGAUGCUAGAAUAAAAGCUACUGUUGCGAGAAUGGCUAGGGAAAAGUAGUGUGAUGUAUGAUAAGGCAACUAACUACAUAUAUUUGUAUAAUCUUCCCAUCGUUGUGACUGACGGAUAACUACUCUGAUAACUUCAUAUUAUGCAUCGUCUCGGAUCAUCUCGGAUCUGUAUCUAGGUCUUCUAAAAAAUCAACCUCAAAAACAAACAUUUUUAAACGUAGACAACAACUUCAAUAAGUAAUAGGAUUUUCUCAAUGUCUACUCAUGACUCUGUACCUUCGUUAACUUGUGAUCAGUCUUUAAAAAAUUAUUGUGCACAUGUCUUUUUUAUUAGAGUUAUAAUUCAAUGUGCCUGCCUGUUUCAAAUUCAAACAAAAAGUUAAUAAUGCUGCUAUAUUUUCAGAAAAUGUAUAAUGUGGUGUAAUGUGGUAUUUUUGAAAGAAUUGAAGGGAAAAUUUAGGUGAAUAAUAAUUAUUUUAAACCAUACAUGCAUCGGAAUACAUAAGGACAUGGUGGUUAUUAGAAUCUAAUAUAUCUUUCGGUAGAAAGUAAAUCGUCGAGACUUUCACUACAUGACUUGACAAUUGACAUCACCAAUAAUUACAUGACUUACUUAAAAAGCGAAAUAUAUAGCAGCAACAGGAGUUAUAAAUGAAUACUUAAAGGUCCCACGGUUAUAUUCUUAUUCUAAUAUAUCUAAGAAAGUCCAUAGUUGGUGCAAUAAUCUAUAAAUUCAAAAUCACUCGACAAUUACUAAAGAGACAGUUGUUAGCCGUAGGAGAAAAAGUAUUAUAUUACAUUAUCAUGCGUUUGUUCAAUUCCCUUGCCUAAUGGGGAGAGUUUUCAGAAAACGUAGGUUGUUUUUUUGAUUUGUUGUGUGCAGUUUUGGUUCAAUACUAUUUAUGACUUACUGUUUCUUUAAUUACAACAGCCAAACUAUUUCAAAAAUUAUUGACACUAUCAACAACGGAGGAUUUUUGUACAUUUAGAGUAUAAUUUAUUAUUUCUUUUCCAAGUAUAGUGCUACUCUCUCUGUUGAGUUACGUAUUUGAGUAGUCAUUAUUAAGUUUAAAGUGAAUUCCAGUGAAAUGGUAGUCUAACAAUGAAAAUAAUAAAGAUGAAGGACUGUUAUAGGGGCUCGAGUACAUAAUUAAGGUUAUCUUACUGCGUGAUGCGUGAAAAAUUUAUUAUUGUAUUUCGAGAGCUAAGGACGACCGAAACUCUGAACACAAUAUAUAUUACGGGUUUCUUCUUUAGUAUACAUACAUGCAUACUAUAAUAAAUAAUUUUUUAAUUGUAAUGUGCGUAUGAUAUACUUAAGUACCAAAAUCAUCAGACAAUAUACUUUAUUUUAUUAUUAAUUUUAUUUGUCGUCAUUACAGUUCCAUUCUGUUAAUACAUAUACGAUGAUCCGAUAAUGUAGGAAAAGAAGUGAGUAUUGCUAUUCGGUUCAGUUCAAAAAACCAUAUUAGAUAUCUAAAUAUAUGUAUAAAACAGUAUGAAAGUUUAAUUAUCGACGACGACGACGACGUGUCAAUAUACAUACUGUGUCACACAUAAGUGCACUCUAAAGAAAUGAAUGUAGAGUACUGAUGAAAAAAGGAACUGUUUUAUCCAGUGAACAUACUAUUCGGAUUCUUGAUAACAAAUAAUAUUUAGAUGGAGAGUAUAGCUAAUAAGUAUUUAUGUUGUGUUAUGGUAAAAAUAAAACUCUAAAGAGCCCUCGUGCCAUUUUUGGGAUAACAAGACAAAUUUUAAUUGAAAGAUUGAAUAUUUGAAACAAAAAUAAAAAAACAAAAGAAGGAUACAUAA